AUGUCUGACUCUUUAAAUCCAUACGAACUAAGGCGACAAAUCCAAUCACCCGCAAAUAUCUUUGCACCUCUAGGGCAGAGAGUAUGUAGGGCAUAUAGCGGAUGGAAUCGUGGACCCAUAGAGUGGAAUAAAGUCUCUGUGAAGCAUAGGGAGAAGUUUGAACGGCUAUUAGAACUCUGGGAAAGUAAUCCUGAAUCGAUAACAAUAAUAAAUGGUGAUGCCGUAUGUUUCAAAAACGAGUUCGCAAUAGGCAGUGGCAGUUACGGCACAGAGGUGUAUAUUUGCUUGGGGUUUGACGGAAUAGAACGAGCGAUAAAACGUUUGCCAAAACAAAUGUGUGAGAAAUUUCUGAAGAAUGAACGAGAUAUCUUGAAUUCUCGGAAUGCAGUCGAGUCUCCACGAAUUGUAAAUUAUUUUUUCUAUGAUGACACUUCCAACCCUGAUUUCGGUUAUUUAAUUCUGAACUUAUAUGAACAGAAUCUGGAAGAAUUUAUCAAGGAGAAAGGCGAACGGAUGACAGAGUCGGAUGAUAGAAACAUGAUACGUCAAGUGUUGGAAGGAUUGAAAGCAUUACAUGCUAGGGAGCCUAGAAUUCUGCAUAGAGAUUUGAAGCCAACUAACAUACUUGUUGAUGUGUAUGGUAAUUUACUGCUGUCUGAUUUUGGUAUUGGACGGUUUUUCCCAGAGCAAGGUAUUCUAACAAGAUAUAUAUUUAAUAUAUAUAUAUUCAUCACAUAUGUAAAGUAUGACUAAACAUGACCUGCAAAAACUCACCUGUGCAGAUGCUUUUUGACUUUUAUUAAUUGUCCCUGAGCCGAUGGCGUGAAGUGCCGUGCGAGGGUACUAAUCCCCCCCCCCGGCUAUUUACACCCGGGGAAAUGAAAGCAUUAGCCAAGUGAACAUUAUCGUAACAUUUAUAUAUGCAUUGAUCUGGGAACGAUAUAGUGCCGUUCUGCCGUGCUAUCGUAACAUUUAUGCAUUGAUCUAUGUGUUUUGAACAGUUGACAUUUUUAUUACUUUAUAGUAUUAUAGUUUAAUUAAAGUUCCGUGAAGUUAAGUUAAUUAUUAGCAACCUCUAGAUUAUGUCAUCGACGCACGAUAUGUAAUUUAAGACGAGACAUUUUUAAGUCGAGAUAUAGAAAAGCUAAAAUGAGUCACGCUUUUAAACAGAGAAAGUAAGACGAUUUUAUAGAGAGUUCGAGCGUGAGGAGAUCCACCCUUCAGGUACUAUUUUAUAGUUUUAUAGUUCCGUGAACAGUUUUUAGGGUUAUUUGUUUUAUUAGCUAUCUUUACAGUCGAUUUUAGCGAACAUUUUAUUAUUAUAUUAUCUUUGUUAUUGUAAAAAUAUGAUUGGAAUGUGCAUGUUAUAUCUUUGUAAAUUUGUGAUUUUUAGAAUUAAAAGGAAAUCUCCUUGCGUGUCGCAGUUUGUCUCCCUGGCAUGCGUCCUUACCAACUUCUGAAGGAAUAAAACAGUUUAGUGCCGAUUUAGUAGGCAAAUAA